CAAUCAAACAACUACUUAUCUUUUGAAACCACCAAGAAGAAGAUGUGUCGUUUCAUGAUAUACAAGGGCCGGGAGUCGAUGGUGUUGUCGGACUUGCUCACCAAGCCUGCCCACUCAAUCAUCAACCAAUCGUUUGACUCGAGACUAAGAUUAGAUAUGAGAAACCCAAUCAAUGGUGAUGGUUUUGGGGUGGGUUAUUAUAGUACUUGUGACCAACCAUGCAUCUUUAAAGCCAUCACUCCGGCUUGGAAUAAUGUGAACUUGAAUAAUUUAUCCCAAUGCACUGAAUCGGAUUUGGUUUUUGCUCAUGUUAGGGCUUCAACCCAAGGGGUUUUGCUGGAAACCAACUGCCAUCCUUUCUCUUAUGGUAAGAUUAUGUUUAUGCAUAACGGGGGCAUUCUGUCGUUUGAUAAGAUUAAAAAGAAGUUGAUGAAUCAUUUGGAAGAUGAGUUUUUCCUUUAUAUUCAAGGUUCAACCGAUUCGGAAUGUUGUUUUGCUCUUUUCUUAGAUACUUUAUUCAAAAUGGGUUAUAAUCCUACAGAUUUAAAUGUUCAGUUUCCUCACAAAGUUUUAAAGCAAGCUUUAUUGACCACUAUAGAGUUGAUUAAAGACUGGCAAACGCAUGUAACUUCAGAACCUUCUCUUCUUAAUUUUGCUAUAACUGAUGGUGAAUCAGUGGUCAUCAGUCGUUAUAUAACUUCGAAAACUGAUGAAGCUGCUUCGUUACAUUUCAGUACCGGUUCAAGAUUUUUUGAAUAUGAACCUGGUUUGUUCAAAAUGGAAAGAUUGAAUCGCUCUCAAGAUGUUAUCUUUGUUGCUUCAGAGCCCUUGACUUUUGAACGUGGUGAUUGGAUAUGCGUUCCAACUAAUACUACUUUGACAAUUACAAAAACUAAUACCGUUUUAAUGCAUCCUAUUCUUGAUGAAUUCUAUGAUGAUGGCGGUAUUGAAAGAUCCUCCGGAUUAGCAAUGAGUAAAGGUUUGAUGGGUGGUUUGCCAACUAAAAAUAAAAAUAAAGAAGGUACCUCGCCAAUCUCUCAAGUGGAAACUACUUUACAAAAUUUACCACCUCUUCAAAGAGAAGGUAGAAAAAUUACCGCAUAAGUUUACUUCUAAUAUUGGUCUUAUUCAUUUUCUUUUUUGGCAUGUUUCUUUUGGGAUCUUUGUAAUUUCAGUUCUUUUUACCUGGACCAUUUUUAAUAUAUAUCCAGUCG